UACUUAUUAGGCUUGUUACGAGUCGAACACAUAAUAUAUCAUUUAGCAGCAAGCAGAACACACAGAGAGUUCGAUAUAUAUGGAGUUGAAGGUGAAGGUAGGACGUGUGGAAGAUAAGGAAAUGUCAGAACCGGUGAGCCCGACCGGCCAGUACUUCAACAGCUCGGUGCUUUCCAUUUCUGUUAUUAGCAUCUUGGAGUUUGACAACCCCAUUGAUGACUCUUCAAGCCUUGCACUCAUUAACGAUGUCUUUCUUCCCAUUAACCCUCGUUUCUCUUCUAUUAUGGUUGAAGACAAAGAGGGAGUGAAACACUGGAAGAGAGUCGAAGUGAAGGCUGAAGACCAUAUCAAUGUUCCUUGUUUUCCCGAAGGUUUAUCACCUAAAUCUUACGAUCAUUACUUCAAUGAUUACUUGUCGAAAAUGGCAAUGGAUCCACUCCCACAAACAAAGCCUUUAUGGGAAAUUCACGUCAUCAAGUACCCAACAAGCAAUGCAUCUGGAAGCGUUGUUUUCAAGCUUCAUCAUGCACUUGGUGAUGGUUUCUCUCUUAUGGGUGCUCUUCUCUCGUGUCUACAAAGAGCAGAUAACCCUUCUCUCCCCUUGACAUUUCCAAAUUUUCAGAAAACUGUCAAGCCAGAUAAUGAUGACAAGAGCUUAAUAAGUGUAGUACCACAGGCCAUUAGUGGUGCACUAAACACAGUUAUGGAUUUUGGUUGGAGCGUUUUAAAGAGCAGUUUCUUGGGAGAUGGCCGGACUCCGAUACGCUCUGGUGAAGAAGGGGUGGAGUUCAGGCCAAUCGAUAUUAUGACGAUGACAUUCUCUUUGGAUCAAAUUAAGCAAAUUAAGUCGCGUCUUCAAGUGACAAUAAAUGACGUAGUUACUGGAAUGCUCUUCCUGGGGACUAGAUUAUACAUGGAAGCAACAAAUGAAAAAUCAAGAAAUGCAAUGUCCACAGCAUUGGUGUUGCUUAACACUAGAUCUAUUGGUGGAUACAAGUCUGUGGAUGAAAUGGUUCAAAAUGAGGAAGCUCAAAUUCAGUGGGGAAACCAAUUUGGUUUCUUGCAUGUUUCAUUACCCGAGCUACACGAACACGACAACUCAUUGAAUCCACUCAAAUUUGUUCAAGAAACACAGAAUACAAUCAAGAGGAAGAGAAACUCCUCUGGUGUUUAUCUCACUGGAAUGCUACUUGACUCUGUGAGAAAAUAUAGAGGUCCAGAGGCAACAGCUGAAUACAUUCACAGCACGCUGAAGAAUUCAAGCAUGACUGUGUCCAAUAUGAUUGGGCCACUUGAAAAGAUGACUCUUUCUAAUCAGCCAAUUAAAGGCUUGUAUUUCAUGGUCCUCAAUGUUCCGCAGAGUCUUACGGUGACAGUAAUGAGUUACAUGGACCAGCUGAGGAUCGCAGUAGGAACCCAGAAAGGUUUCAUAGAUCAUGUGAAGUUCCGGACAUGCAUUGAAAAGGCUUUUAGUAUGAUGUUCGAUGCUGCACUUCAGUCUAAAUGAAAAGAAAGUACAUACAAAUAAUCCUGAUCCACGGUUUUCGUAUACUUUAAAGUUCACGCCAAGCAAAACAACAUAAAUCAUUUUAUAUGAAACCAAUAAUCUCUGUGGUUUUCAUAUUUAUGUAUAUUGAAACGUAUUUCUUCGGAUGAUCUUAUACCAUAAUUAAGUGCCCAUCCUCUGAUUAUUUAUUGAUGUCACC